AUGGACAUCUGCAUGUAUAACAUUGCGUCCAACAUCGAUGAGACGCGUCUCAAGAGCCAUCUGGCCUCCAUCUUGCAUAGUCCACGGUACUCGCCCCACCCCGUUCAUCCGAUCAAUUUUGCUGUUCGUCUGUCUGGUCAGCGUACAGAUGGGAGGAAGAACGGUAUCAUGACCCUGCCGACGGCUGCAAUUGGGGAACAGUUCCUUUGCGAUUACGGUGGCAAGCCCGCGCAUUAUCGCUUGAUCCUCGGUACUUCCAUCGUUUUCAAGCAGAGCAGCCGGCGUCCACGAGGGUACCAGCUCAGGGCUUUACAGCCCAGGCCUUUUGUCGACCCGAGAUUCAUACAACAGAGGCGCAACAGGGACUCUACGACGCCGUCAGUGGGCGUCGCUGCGUUGCAGUUUGGACAUUUCUGUCGGGACGACGUCUUCUCGAUCGAGCUGGAGAAGCUCGCCGACCCUGUAGCUGAACUCAUUUACGACGAGAGGCGGAGACAAUUCAUUGUCAAUUGGUAUGAGAAGACCUGUAUUCGGUACGUGGUCAUUCACGCCGCGUCGGUGUAUUGGGUCGGGGCUGGGCAGGACACCGAUGGCCCUAUCAUACUUCUCGGCCUUAACCAUCCCCCUUCGUAUCAAAUCGAUGACGACGAAGGCUAUCUGGCUUCGUUGAUGAACGCAUUGACCUUCCAAGGGAGGAACGUACCUGAAGCGCCGCGAAAACGCGGUCGAAUGUCCGCAUUUGACGCAGACCAUGAACCCCUGGCACCGUAUACGUCUCUCGCUUUGCGCAUUCGAUGCAUGACAUCCCAGGACCUGGAGAACUUCAAGGUGCUUGGUCGUCUCGCCCAGGCCCAGAUCGACGAAACACUGUAUUCCGCCAUCCCGCGAGCUCUCUUUGCGGAAGACAAACGUCAAGCGUACGAUGGAUUUAUCUUCGGCAAGCCUUGGCUUAUAGCCUUCCAGGUGGAUGCCCUCGUCAGGGCAUCCCUUGUUGAGCUCGAAGAGGUGCAACGCGAGUUGCGGCCCCAAAUCGAGCUGAUGCUCAAACGACAUGGAUCAGGCCUGACGAGUGCCUUUCUGCGUGACUUUCGUACGCAGGUCAAGGUAGCCGUGUCGGUAGAGGAUGGAGGGGACAACUCGUUGCGACACAUAUGGGGGGUCACCCUCCGCGAGUUCCUGCAGAGGCCCCCUACGCUCCGGCUUCUGACGACCGACAACGAGGAUCUUUUCCCUUGCCUCCACGUCAUCGUGACGCCGACCAGAGUCCUUCUCGAAGGACCGUAUCCGGAACAGUCUAACAGGGUGAUACGUCAAUACAAGGCGUUUCAAGACUCUUUCAUCCGAGUCAGUUUCCUCGACGAAACCAGACUCGCAUAUCGCUUCGACCGUGACGUGGACACUAGCAGCCUCAUGGAUAGGCGGGUCAAAGACUUCCUAGUGAAUGGCUUGCCCAUUGCUGGCCGAACGUUCCAGUUCCUCGCGUACUCCCAAUCUGGUUUGAAGGAGCAUGCUGUUUGGUUUAUGAAGCCCUUCCGAGCCGCUGGCCGCCGCGUCACUGCCGAUAGCAUCAUACAAAGCUUGGGCUCUUUUCGUAACCUUCCAUACGACUCCCAGCUUAUGCGUUGUCCGGCACGUUAUGCCGCGCGCAUCUCCCAGGCCUUCACCGCGACCGACUCCGCGUUGUCCGUGCAGACAGAGGACAUGUCAAUUCUUCCCGAUGUCAUCACCCUGGACCGCAAAUAUUGCUUCACAGAUGGAGUCGGUACCCUGUCACCCGACCUCGCUAGAGCAAUAUGGGCUAGAUUGCGAGCAAAAGGGCGACGCGUUGGACGUGCAAGCACAUACCCGCGUUUAUACCAGAUUCGCUUGGGGGGCUCCAAGGGCAUGCUGAGUGUUGAUUACAACCUCACGGGGCUCACCGUCGGAUUGCGCCCCUCGAUGAUCAAAUUCGACGCACCCCAUUCCCUCUCCAUCGAGAUCGCACGAGCAUUCGAUCGGCCUACCAAGUACUAUCUCAAUCGACCUCUGAUCAUGCUGCUUGACGGUCUCGGGGUGCCGCAUCAAGUAUUCCUAGACCUUCAGGACGACGCCGUUCGCGGUGUGCAGCGAGCCACAGAGUCCCUCGACAAGGCCGCAACCUUACUGGAGGCUCAUGGCUUAGGCGCAUCGUACAGACUUUCAUCAACGAUGCGCAGCCUGCAUCGGCUUGGUGUCGGGCCUUCCACUGAAGACAUCUCUUGGCAGCGAAUGAUGAACUUCGCUGUCAACCAUGUCCUCAGGGAGCUCAAACACCACGCUCGUAUUCCUGAGCCGAAUGGGUGGACUCUAGUUGGGGUCGCGGAUAUACAUGGCUACCUGGAGGAGGACGAGGUUUUCGCCUGCAUCGAUUCACCAGACGAAGAAGGCUUGAUCUAUCUCGAGGGGCGCAUCCUCAUAUCACGCUCACCAUCCAUUCAUCCGGGCGACAUACAGAUUGUACAUGCGAUAGGCAGACCUCCGAUGGGCUCACCGUUCGAGCGCGAACCGCUGAGAAAUGGCGUCGUGUUUGCUACGAAAGGACGUCGGCCUGUCUCUAGUUAUCUUGGUGGUGGUGAUCUUGAUGGAGACAUCUACAACCUCACCCCGAUGACCGAACUUCAUCCGCCAGAGACCUAUGAGCCAGCAGCGUACGCGCCUGCUAUCAGGAAAGUACUUGAACGCGAAAGUACCAUGGUGGAUGUCGCGGACUUCGUAACAGACUAUAUCAGUAGCGAUACUCUUGGUAUCAUCGCAACGAACUGGUUGAUCGUCGCAGACCAGAGUUCAGAAGGGAUAUUUGACGAGGAUUGCCUCGCGCUUUCUGACUUGCACAGCAUCGCGGUCGAUUAUCCGAAGACAGGAAACCCUGUACCACUGGAUGCCAUUCCGCCACCCAAGGACAAGCGGAAACCUGACUGGCAUGCGCCUGAGACGCAUACAAACAACAGGAUACGCUAUUACGAAAGCCAGAGAGCGAUUGGCAAGCUGUUCCGCGCCAUCCAGCUUCCCGCUCUGAGAGCUUUGACGACUCCUCAGCCUCGUCAUAUGGAGGACAUGCACGAUCAUAACCCGCUAGGAAUCACCUUUGACUUCCGCCGCAGUACGGCGGUAGCACGUCACAGUCUCUCCACAGAACAAGCGAUAGUUCGUCGUGUCAAGGAGUUCAUCUCACUAUCGCAGAGGAGCGUUCCCGAAGAUCUUAUCGUAUACAUGGGGCACCUCCUCGCUUCGUACGCAUCUCACCUCCGCAGUAUCUGCGCGCUGGGUAGCAUCUCAGUCUACUCCGGCUCCGCGAUACUCACCGAGGAGGAAGCGUUAAUCGGCACGAUCGCAGAAAAGACGUCUCAACCACGACGACGUACAGACGCCAUGUCUCGCUUACGGGACCUCACGGAGAGGCUAGUCAAAGUUUUACGGGCAGACAUAUCUGGGGACGACGGGACGCCGCCUCGAGAGUCGCUGAAACGUGCAUGGGUCGCGUACAGAGUCGGGCUAGUGAGGGCCGACUAUUUUGGAGCGAAGAGUUUCGCGUGGAUUGCGUUGGGCGAGAUUUUUGACGCAAUCAGGGAUAUCGAGGAGGAGGAUCGCUCGCUCCUUCGCCGCAACCUGGCCUGA